AACGCCUUAAAAGCCAUCAGAAUGACUCAGGGAAGAGAGUACAUGAUUGAGAAAGCACCUGAAGCUGACGCAGGUGGUUUCAGUGAUGCUGACAGUCAUCAGUAUGAUGCCAUAAUUCCUGUGGACUUUGAGGCCAGUGGGGUGUUGGAGAAAAACAAGCGAUGGGGUGGCGGCCUACAACAGUUUCUGGAGAUGAAGCACCAGCUGGCCAUUUCACAGCUGUCCAAUGUAACAAAUUACAUGUCAAAUGUCCAUUUCUUUAAAAGGUACCUCAAUGGAAAAGGCAUUUUUGGUGUUUCUGGGACAUUAGGGGGGCAAGCUGAGAAAGUAUUUCUAGAACGGCAUUACAAAACAGCAAGCUAUGUCAUUCCAGCUCACCGCCAUAAAAAGCUUGUUGAGUUGCCAGCAGUUCAGGUGAGUGGAGGCAACACGCAGUGGAUCCAGGUGAUCUGUGAAACUGCACAGAGAGCUGCAGACAGAGGCCAAGUUGUUCUUAUCAUUUGUGAAGAUGUUAAAACUGCAGAUGAGCUGAAGACAAACAUGCAUGUUCCAGAAAGGCAAGCCAAUGAGAUCACCAUGUACACAAUCAGCGAGAAGCACAACAUCGAGAAACAGAACUUUAGCCGGGGAAACAUUAUCAUUGCUACAAACCUCGGUGGCCGUGGGACAGACAUACACGUUCAGCAGGACGUAAACGAGUGUGGAGGUCUGUUUGUGCUCCUCACAUACUUUCCUAGAAGUCACCGUGUGGAGCGACAGGUCUUUGGACGCACCGCCCGAAAAGGAAACCCAGGGAUGGUUCAGAUGGUUCUCAACCAGGGCCAUCUUGCAUCAGCCUACCAAGGCCAUUCAAUCGAAACCAUGAGACAGCUCAGAGAGGAGUAUGAGCUCAGUUUUUUGGACAGCAUGGAGAAAAAUGAACUCUGUGAAAUUGACAUGAAGGAAACUCUGUUCUCCAGUUUUUGUCAGUUUCUCUGUAACUUUGACAAGAAUUACACGGUGGAAGAAAGGAGUGACCUGUCCAAGAUGAAGCUGAAGGAUGUUCCUGAAUAUUUUAAGAUCCAUCAAAACAAGUUCGACUAUCAGACUGCACUGAAUGCUUUGAAAGAAUCGUGGGCUUUGUGGCUCAUUCUUCAUGAAGAGCACAUCAGCAGACAUCACGAUAUCAGCAAGCUGAGAGAAGACCUCACCAAAGACUUGAAGAAGACUGGUGACUUCCUCCUGCAGGGGACGAGCUAUAAUUUCUAUGAUUACAUCAAACAGGCAGCAAGCAGAACUGACCUGCACUGCAUGAACAAAACUAAAUGUGACUUUGGAGCAAAGACUUACUGGCAGAGAGCUGCAGAGUGUGAUCAUUUCUACAGUGCUGUGGCACUUUAUAAUCAAGCUUACAUCACACUCAACCUCAGAAAAGGAGACUACAUAGCUGAGGCAAAGGAAUUAUUGGAGGAAGCACAGUCUGCAGUGGAUGUCUAUCUCUCAGAAUCAACAAAUACGAUGAUGUUUUGUAAUUUUUCAGUGACGAGUGGCUUUGUUCCACACCACACAAACAGCAACCUCCAGAUCCAAAUGCAAGCCAGGAUGACUAUCUUCAAAUCUUGGAAAAGAUACAUUGAAAGUGCCCUGACAACUCUGACACAGCUCAAUGGCAGCAAAGGUGAUGCAGAAGUAGAGGAUUCCAGUGUGUACUAUCUUUCCAAAGAUAAAGAUUUAAUCACCACCAAUGAGCUGAUGAUGCUCUAUGAGAAUGGCCUUAGCACAGUCUUUGAGAUUAAAAAGAAGCCCGAGUUCUGCUAUGAUGCCCUUGCUUGUUUUGUUCUCGGUGCCCUUCAAGUUGCAGCAGGUGUUCUUGUUUGUGCUCUGUCAUGUGGUGGUGCCAGUCAGUUUGGACUUGGACUGAUCUGUGAGGGAGUAUCUGACAUGAUUCAAGGGAUCAAAGGAAUGAUAAAAGGAGGCUUUGACUGGGCUGAAUGGGCAAUCUCCAAGGCCAUCAGCAUUGGGUUGUCUCUGAUCUCUGGUGGAUUUAGCCGACUAAAGAAAGCUGCAAGUGCAGUGCGUAGUGGCACAAAAGGUCUGAUCACAGGAGCAAAGACUAGUUCCUACACAGUAAAACAGUGUUUUCUGAAGGCAGGAAAGCAUGCAGUUCAGGAACUGGGGAAGCAAGGAUGCCUCAGUGCUCUGAGUUAUACUGCUGAGAAGGCAAUUAAUGCUUUUUUCCAAAAAGUUCUGAGGAGAGUCUUUGAGGAAAAGGUUCUUUCACUCAUAAAAGCCAACCAUGACCUGGAUGAAGUUCUCACAAGCUUCAUUUGCUCAGGAAUACCAAAGAAUAUCCUGGAGAAUGGGUCCAGUGAAUUCAGAAUUCACAAAGAGUGUGAGAAAGAAAUGCUUCAGUCAGUGGAUCUGAUAACAAGAGAAGUGAUUCCUGACCUGAUGAUGAAUUGUACCGUGGUUCUUAAGGCUCUUGAUGGACUUUCAGUGGUCUGUGGUGCUGUAACACAACACAUAAAGAGCAAAAAAGGGUCCGAUCCAAUAGAAAAUAUUGUAAUGGGUUUGGAAGCAGCUAAAUAUGCCACAACCUUUGUACAAAUAUGGAAUUCGAUACCAACAGAGAAAGUCAUUAACAACACCUUUGUUCCUAAGCUCUUGCAAAGCAUGGAAAAACUACCUCAAGAAAGGAAUGACCAGGAUGAAAGACACAGUUUAUCAGAUGUGAAACACUUUAAAGAUGAACUCAUCAACAUGAUUGCAGAAAGUGUUUCAAACUCUUAUGUUGAGGCCUGUUCCAGGCAUAUGACCUCCAUCAUGAGCAAAAUUUGCAUAAGUAAAAUAAACCAUGCUAUUAGUGGUGCUGUUAGCAACAUACUUGGCAGGGCUGACACCCAAAGUUUCUUUAACAACCCGGAGCAUAAGUACAACAUGAAAAAGGUCAUCCAGUGUCCACGUGAGUCCCUGUCAGAGUCUGACAAGAAAGACUUGGAGUGCUACAUAGAGGACAUUUCUGAUGUUAACCGCCCUGCUACAGCUUUGGACAUCCAUGUCCUCACCCAGAGUGAUGCUCUGGAAGGCAAAGGAAUCAAACUGGUUAUGGUGGACAAAGAUGGAAAGAAGCUUUCAGAAGACUAUUUUCCUGGGAAGGAGGACUCAGCAGGCGAUAUAGUCCUCCAACUGAAGAAGGAGCCAGAAAAUCCAACAGAGAGGAGGGGGUUCUUCUCAAAGAUAACUAAAUGGAUUCGUGGUGAACAGAGCCCGUGCAGUGGUCAUUUUGAAAUCCUGAGACCAGAUGGAACCGUGAUCCCAGUAAAUUCAGAAGAUCAGAACUGCCUCUUCCACGCUGUUGCUCAGGCCACCUGUAAAAAUCCAGGUGAUGUAGGAAAAGAGGCACGGGUGCUUCGGGAGCAGGUCAGAAACAAUCUUCAGCAAAACCUACCCAAAUACGUAGGAGCUCUGAAACUGCAGAAAGGCUAUGAAACCUGUAACUCUCCUGGAAGAUAUUACAUAUGUGGAGGAGAUCGAAAGGCACGAAGAAAAGCCGUAGACGAUUUCAACGCCAUCUUGGGCGACACGAGCAAGAAAGGUUUGAGUCCAGAGGAAUUACGAGAUAUCCAAGAAUGACGUCUGGGUUUGGUUGGAACGCACACUGAUGUGUACAAAAUCCGUGUGGAAACCUCAAACCAAAGAGAAUGUGGUGAAAACAGGCUGGCGGUGGAAGCAGACCAUGUGCCACCUAAAUGUGUCUUUCAGAAUGCCCUUAAAACGUUGCAGGACCCUGAGAACGUAAAGUUAAGAGAGAACCUGAAAAACAAAAGUCCCCACCUUCAUGCACUGUUGGAUAAAAAUGGAGACCGCGGUCUGUGCAGAGAGGUUCUGAAAUCGCACCAUGAGGCAGGCCUGACCUGGUGCAACAGAAAAGAGUCUCGUAUAAUCAGCGAGAAGCUUGAGGAGAUUCUUAUUUCUGGAGACGGGGAAAAACUGGUGAAGAUGUCACUGCUGGCAGCCAAUCCGGUUACAUCCAAUUCUCUUAGAGAGGAUGCAGGAAUCCUCAUGCUGAACAGCUCAAAUAUGUCCAGAGACGCAACGAAGCGCUACCACGAUGUUGGAGACAAGCUGCUGGUGGAAGGUUACUACAAGAAAGGAGUCCUGAACGAGGAGGAGAGGCACAGCAUCAUGGACUGGCUGAAGGGUGGAAACCUGUACUCAAAGAACACGUCAGAGUACAAAGAGAUGUGCAGUGAGCUGAGAGCCAAGAUACAGAAACACAACAACAACAGUGGAAAAUAACAACAGUGUGUGUGUGUUUAACUGAACGUAUCAGACAUCCAAACUGAGAAAGCUCAGUUUUAUUUGAUGUUUUUAUCAUUUAUAUAUUUCGUUAUCCUCUCUGACCGUUUCAUCAUCAUCCUCUUUUCCUCUUUUCCCAGAAAACAAAGAAGGAAAAGAGUUUCUCUGAAAGAUUUUAAUCCGAGGAUAAAAAGCAGCUCAAAGACAGUGAUUUGUAAUCACAGGAGCUGUUGUGUGUUCUCUGUGUAACACCUGUCACAGGUACCUGUGAGUGGGCCCUGGGCCUCUGCUUAUAGCACAACAUAUGAAUCAUGAUAUGACUUGUGUAAUUAAACCACAACACAAGAGGUUCAUUUAAACGCAGCAGGCUCACCUCAUUGAUUCCAGAUCAGAAAACAAAGUGUGUGUGUGUGUGUGUGUGUGUGUGUGUGUGUGUGUGUGUGUGUGUGUGUGUGUGUGAGAGGUUACACUGGUGUUUGGGGUCAGAGGUCACACUGGUGAUCACCUUGCUAAGUUAACCUGGUUUUUUGCUCCCACCAUAAAAAAAUGAAGGAAUAAA